AUGUCCAGCAAUAUCAUACACAAUGCCAACCAUGGUAACAAGGGCAGGAAACAAAGCAUUAUCAUCAAUACGAACGUAAAAGACCAAAAUGUGGGAAGGAAGUUAACAUCAUCAACAAUUUCAACUAGGAAAAUGAGUUACACUAGCACUGCCCAAGCCAGCAAAGGGGGAACGUUGGCUCGAAGGAGCAUUGUGAUUUCAGAUGGGAAGAAUGUGGACAAGGGAUCAUUUGCAAGCAAUAAACAUUUUAUCCAGGUUUUUGAUGAGCAAGGAAAAGAUGUCACACCUCGUCCCCUUUACCACCCGGACGCAAGUUCUGGCAUGCACAGACAAAGCAGAAUCUUAUCAGUACAUGAUUUUGCUGGGUUGACUCAAACAGACUUCCUAUCUUCCUUCUCUGUACUUCAUACGUCUGGAACUAGUAUUAGCUUAGCAGGACCAUUCUCCAGGACUUAUGGUAGCAUCAGUAUUACUAAGUCAACCACUUCUGCAGAAUCAAUGACGGAAGAAAUAGUAGAACCUGGAUCUAGACGAGAAACAAUGACUAGUUUAAUAGAUGUUCAAGUCCGGCGAGAGGAAGCGCAGGAACCACUGACAAAAGAAGAACUGGAAAAGGUUGUUGAUAUUUAUCUCACAGAGACCGAAACCAUUUGGAUGUUUGACAUGCCAACUAUCAUGGUAUCUUCAGAAGCUGAAGAAGCUGAUAAAGUGAGGCACCAGAAUAUAGCUUACAUGGAACUCUGUAAAAACAGAGUUGGCAAUGACCGCUAUACUGACCGGAUGAUGCAAACACUGAAUGGAGCACCGAAGAUCAAGGAGGUGCAGUGUGACAAAAUCAUCAUGGCUGACAAAGAGAUAAUGGCCACCAACUGGGAUUUAUAUGAUUCCUUUAGUGCUUUGGAGACAGAGGAUACAGAAAAAACUACCGGACCCAUAAGCUUGACUAUCAGUAAAUCAGCUGUGAAAGAACAUGAUAAAAUCACAUCUUCAGCUUCUCAUGACAGAGCAAGCAUCACAUCAAGCUCUAUAAUUGAUCUUGAAAGUGUAAUUCUCUCCCAGAUACAUGAAGAGGAAGAGGACCGCUCAGAAGCUAUAUUGAAAUCUGAAAAAUUUCAGCAAGAUUUAUUUUAUAUGGAGAGAGUUCUAAUGGAGAAUAUUUUUCAGCCUAAACUUGCAUCUUACCGGCAGCUUCCUGUCAUCAUAGAGCCAGAUGUCAAAUCUGAAAGUAUUAUACUUGGCUCUGAUGAAGAAUCAGAAAAGCAGGAGGAAGAGGAAGAAAUGAUGGAAGAGGUGGAACCCGUAGUGUCUUCCUCACUGUUACUAGAACUAGGUGAAACAGUAAAAGAGAUCCCACCACCCUUUUUAGAGCCCUUGUGGUCUUAUGGAUGUUAUCUGACUAAAGGAAACAAUGUCACCUGCAUGGCUUGGAACAAACUGAACCCUGACCUUUUGGCUGUUGGUUAUGGGACAUUCCGUUUUAAAGAGCAGAAGACAGGCUUGGCUUGCUGCUGGUCCCUGAAGAACCCAACGUGGCCAGAGCGCAUCUACCAGUGCAGUUAUGGGGUAACUGCCUUGGAUUUUUCUCUCGCUAAUCCAAACCUCCUAGCAGUCGGGAUGUUCAAUGGGACAAUUGCAAUCUACAAUGUUCAGGCUCAUCUUUCUACUUCAGUUUUAGAUACCAGUGAAUCUUUUGACAAACACUUAGGCCCGGUGUGGCAGCUGAAGUGGGUGGAGCAGGACAGGGGUACUACAGGAGAAGACAAAGGAGAGAUAUUAGUGUCCAUAUCAGCUGACGGCAGAGUCACAAAGUGGUUUAUUCGAAAAGGCCUAAGUUGCACAGACCUAAUGAAACUAAAGCGAACUGCAAGUGAAAAGAAAAAAAUGGGAGCAGAAAAGAAAAGCGAAGCAUUGAUAUGCCGACAAGCUCCUGGACUGUGCUUUGACUUCCACCCAAAGGACACUAAUAUAUACCUUGCUGGAACUGAAGAAGGCUAUAUUCACAGAUGCUCUUGCUCUUACAAUGAGCAGUACCUGGAGACUUAUAGAGGACACAAAGGUCCUGUGUACAGGAUAGCGUGGAAUCCAUUCAGCACCGAAGUUUUUCUGAGUUGCUCUGCAGACUGGAGCAUUAUGUUGUGGCGCCAAGAUUCCAUUCGCCCCCUUUUAAGUUUCAGUACCACAGCCAAUGUUAUUUAUGACAUCAUGUGGUCUCCCAAGUCAGCAUUUGUGUUUGCAGCAGUGAAUGAAAUUAGAGUGGAAAUCUGGGAUCUCAGUGUCAGCUCACUGGAUCCCGUGAUUGUGAAUUCUGCCAUUGGAAAUUUGAAAUUCACCUCUGUACUUUUUGCUAAAAGUGUAGACUGUGUUCUGAUUGGGGACAGUGAUGGAUUAGUCACUGUGCAUGCACUAAGAAAUAUGACAGCUGCAGAUAGCAAGAAGGUGGAUGCUUUGCAUGAUAUCAUUGGCUCUCAUCUGGUCAGUCAGUAG